AUGGGUACUCAAAAUACAGAUUUUAAUACAAGAAAUAUUGAUUCAAGUAAUGAGUUAGAUUAUGUUAAUUAUAGAGGAUCAUCAAGAAAACAUAUUUUAGAUGCUGUUGAAGCUUCAACUAAAAGAUUAGAUACAUUUGUUGAUGUUUUACAAAUUCUUAAAUUAGAUAAAUCGGUACCAGAAGUAGAGUAUUGUCGCACCAAAUCAUCGCAUUAA